UUUAAAUGUCGGCGGUGUAACACUCUUGCUUCGUACAAGAGAAUUCAGAUCAAAUUAGUUUAUUUCAAUAAGGCUAUCUUUGAUCGAUAGUAACGAAGUUAGUUACCUAGUUAUUGAGCUGUUUCUGACACAGCUAAUCUAACCUCCCUACCUCCCAGUGAAAGUCGUGUCCUUUCCAAAUUUCAGCCAAAUCCGUCCAAUAAUUUUUUGCAUGAAAAAGUAACAAAUAUUCAUUCCAUAUAGGCCUAUAGCCACCAGUUUUUCGCAAAUCUCGCAAAAACCAUGGACUUGUUUGGGGCAAAAAGUAACCUAUGUGCUAAUGCAGGGUAUAUCUAUCUUCAUUUUAAAUUUAAGCCAUACCAGUUCAGUAACUUAGUAGUUAGUUGCGGCGUUAAAGAGUAACAAACAUCCAUACAAAUUUUCAAGUUUAUAAUAUUAGUAGGAUAUAAUAUUAAGUUUAGGUUGGAGUUUGAACAGAAGUAAUUAAUUAGUAACUAAAUUAUCCAGUUUACAUCAAAACUAAUAAGUAGUAAAUAAAUCUACCUAAUAAGUAUAAUAUACGGGAGUUGUUAUUGUCAAAGACCCGUAGGUUAUCACAACACCAAUGACGUGGGUAAGUGCGAACAAAAAAUAAGUUAAAAACAUUUUUUUCCCGUCAAACAUUGGAGAAACAAGAGCAGAAUACGGCGAAUUUGUUUAUCAAAAUUACGUAUUAACCCGGAGGUCAUCGGGAAUACAAUGUUGUUAGUAAUACCUACACUAUAGACUGAGUGAACAACGAACACAGACUGUGUACUGACACGCGACGAUCGAGGCCAGUCAGAAUUAGACGUUCACUCAUCUACUAUGAACGCAUUACAUUAUGUAUGUGUGCUUCUAGCGAGCUCCGCUGCGUUUCCAUUACAAACAACGGGUUGGACCUUCGAAAUGAAUCCUAUUCAGAAUUUUUCGGAUAAUAUGAAGUCUUUCUUCGAGGUGCAAAAGAAUCUCGUCGAGCAGGCAUUCAACGCGAGCUAUCAAGAGGCCGUUCGAAUGAAAAACUCAGUGAGCAAUUACGUCGAAGAUCAAGGGGAGAAAAUCAGUGCCGAUAUUAACAAUUACGUCGAAAAUGUUAGACAGAAAGGCAAAAAAAUGGCUGAUUCGUGGUCUUACUCGUAUAUGCAGGCCGAGGAACCUAACGCUCGGAUGGAAAUCCCGGAGAUGAGUUUAUCAGUGCCGUCCAUCAUUACGCGAAACGGAUACACGUGUGAAACUCACACUGUAGUAUCUCAAGGUUACAUGUUGAAUAUUCACAGGAUACCACGUUCCAAGGAUGGUGGACGCAUUCCAAAGAACGCAGUGAUCUUGCAACACGGUCUCUUCGCUAGUUCCGCUGACUGGAUACUAAACGGCCCCGACAAAGGCCUCGCUUAUGUUCUGGCCGACGCCGGAUACGACGUUUGGAUGCCCAACAUCAGAGGCAACAGGUAUUCUAAAGAACACGCUAUUUUAAAGAGUGAUUCUAAAUCUUAUUGGAACUUCUCGUGGCACGACGUCGCUUUGCACGAUCUCCCCGCUGUCAUAGACCAUGUAGUCGAACACACAGGUGAUGGUGUUAAAAUAACUUACAUAGGCCACUCUAUGGGGACCACAAUGUUAUUUGCUAUGUUGUCAUUGAGGCCUGAAUAUAACGAUAUCCUGAGCGCAGGGUUCGCUUUAGCGCCGGUGACUUUCCUAACUGAUGUACAGUCACCGAUAAAAUCGUUGGCACCGAUCGCGAGCAACGUCGCGUACAUGGAAAUGUUGUACGGUUCACACGAGUUCAUUCCAAAGGAUUCAGUUCUGGGAAAGAUGUCGAAUUCCUGCGACGUCGACAACGUGGAUUCUUUAGUGUGCAAGAACGUGAUAUUUUAUAUAUGUGGGUACAACGAGAAACAGUUUAACAAGACUUUGUUGCCCGUUUUCUUGUCGAAUUUGGGCACCGGGACGUCUUGGAAGACGGCCGUGCAUUUUGCCCAGGAAAUCACAGCGGGGGGCAGGUUCCAGCAAUUUGAUUACGGGAAAAAGGAUAAUUUAAAAAUGUACGGUACGGAACGACCUCCUGAAUAUGAUCUCUCUAAAAUAACCCUUCCCAUUAAGCUGUUCUGGGCGCAAAACGAUUUACUUUCCAGUGAAAAAGAUGUGCAACUACUUACCGAAAAGUUACCUUCGACGACAGAAGUCUAUAAGGUUCCAGAUCCGGAGUUCAAUCAUUUAGAUUAUCUCUGGGCCAUCGACGCGCCUACUCUAGUCAAUAAAGAAGUAUUACAGUCUUUAGAUAAAGUUAAUUCAUUAAAAAAUAGUAAUUCGUUAUGGGGUUGGUGAUAUUUUUUCUUUGUGAAUUACACUAGACUGGUUUAAUAUUGUAGAUAUAAUGUUAAGUAUACAUUAUAGUCGAACUGUGUUGUGAAAUCAUGCGAUGGAACAUUUCAAUAUAAAUAUACAGUUAAAUAAAAUUAAUUAGGUAUUUUAUAUCCUAAAUAUGGAAGGCAAUAUAAUUUUAUUUCUGAAAAGUAUCUGAAUUCAAAUUAAUUUGUACUGCUGUGGUAGACGGUAAUAUGAAGCAAUUUGUGUUGAGAAUAAUAUAAAAACGAAAUGAAACAGGAGGUACGAGUAGGUACGUCUUAGGGAAAAUUAUUUUGUUUGAGUUACGCAUAAAAGUAAUAUUUUGCCUGUAUUUUGCUCUCAAUUACGUAGGUACAGCAUUUGUCAAGCAAAAAGAUCGCUGGCGAUUGUAUAAAAAAAAAUAUGUUUACGAUUUUUAUCAACACACAGUGUAACCUGUAAUCUUCGUAUUCGUAACUUUUGGUAUUUUUCAUAUCUAUUUAUUAGGAAAAAAUACUGUUAUUAAUUAAAUUUUGAUCUGCUUGUGAUGUCGAUGUGUUUUUCAUCUAAAAUUCACUUUUAGAAGGUAACGCAAAACAUUUUAUAAAAUGUUUAUUCGUAGGUACAUAGGUAACCCUCAGCAAUUCCACUAGAAUAACUGAGUAAGAAAUAAUAUUAAUUAAUAUUGAUACGUACUUCUUUAGCGAUUCCAUUAGAAUAAAUAAUUAAAUAUACUCGUAUAUAAACGUAAUAAUAUUAAUUUAUAUUAAUAUUAGGCAUAAAAGUUGUAAGGAAUAUUAUUAGGUAGGUAUUCGUGAUAUUUCAUAAAUUGUAUAAUUUUUAAAUUAUAUUCGUAAUUAUUAUAA